CAGUAGUGCAUCCAGAUCAUCCGAGAAAGACAUCCGUCAUCCAAUCAGGCUCCCCUCUUCUCGCUACCCGCUUACUGCCGUUUGUGGCGCGGGAAGAAAAUCCUUUGCAUUUGGUGUUUCACCUGUGGCUCGUCGUCUCCUUGCGCUUGUGUCCAGUCAGUCAUACGUAUAGAUAUAUACAUCGACUUAAAUAUACGCUGUCUGCCUGUCGAUCACAUUUUUAGUUCUCUUUUUUAAUUCUCUUCGAAGUCAAGCGCCAUUCUAAGUGCCCCACAAGCGUGUGGUAGACGACCUUUCUGACCCGCGCCUUGUCGAACUUGACACGCAGACCUGGUUGGUGGAAGAGAAAACAACACGUGCUUCUGUCCAGACUUUUCUGUCUGUGUGCCCGCGUGUCGAACACUCGUCCAUCAGCUGCUUGUCUGACAGACAGACAGACAGACGAACAGGCAUCCUGCCUGUCUCUUUGCCGUGUAUGUUUGUGUGUUGGUGAUGCGCACGUACAGCCUUUGAGACACUCAGGCCUGUCUUCCUGCAGCCCUUGGAGGACCUUCUUGGCCUGCUGCAGUUCGGGGUCAUCCAAACUGCACACACACACACACACACACACACACAUCCGCCACUCACGUCAGUCACGUUGAUGAAAGAUACUGACUGCAGUUGCUCCAGCUUAGCCUCGAGGUCGCGCUCUGCCCAAUCAAUCCCGUCUAGAGCUUUCUCCGUCGCGUUCACCAUGCACUGAAGCGCGUAUGUCAUGGGCUCAACCGUCACCUCCUUCUCUCCCUGGUUGAUUGAUUGGUGACAAACGAGGAUUGGCUUUCAAGCCAGCGAACCUAUCGCGUGCAGCGCUCGCAAGCCUACGGUAGUCGAUGGUGAUUUGAGCCAUUCCAGACUCUCAUGAAAAGCUAAGUUCUGUGACACACACGCACGCACACACACACACACACACACACACACAGACACCAGAGUCCGUGAUAGGCGCUCGCUCACCAGGAUCCAUUCGGCCCUGGCACUCACAACCGUCUAACCACACACACAUAUGCACACAGGUGGGUAAGGUGGGGUGUGAUGUGCCUGCCUGCCUUGCCUGCUUACACUUGCGUGAAGGGCACUUUCAGCCUUCGUCUUGUGCACGCGUCGCAUCCUGAUCAGCAAGCGAUCCACAUGGAGGUGUGGACGGGCCCGAGCUGUGGUGAACCGCGGUGGCGUGACGAAUGGUGUGCUCGUGCCGGUGGCUUCAGACAGUGCUGCUGCAGUUGGCAAAGGGAGUGUCAUGACGACCUGAUGCGCAGGCAGAUCCAGGACGAUAGCCAGCACCGCAAUGGCCCAAAGCCACUGCAGCCAGUUCACCACACACACACGCAAGACAGUCGCGACGUGAUACCCUAAGGGUGAGCAUGCAUCUGUGUGUCCAUACCUGUUGCCCAUGGUGUGAUCUAUCCAUCAUGGGCGUGACACACACAGCCCUCCGCGUGUCACGGAAGAAACCACGCGCCUCUUGCCGCACCCUGCAGGACACACACCGAAAGAAAGACGACGGGACUCAUAGAUUUCCGUUGAAAGCAAGUCAUCCAGUCCGUCUUGCCUACCUGAGCUGCGCUGGUGAGCUUC